AUGCCGUCCCCAUCAGAGCUCACAACGUGGUGCUCAGAAGGUAACCUCGAUGGCAUUCGUGACUUUCUGGAAAAUGACUUCCCACUCCUGCCACCAGAAGGACGGACGGCGUACUGCGCCCACACGUCGCAGCAAAAUCACCAGCAGCCGCAACAGCCCAAGAUUGCCGGUCCUGCAGCAUACCAGGCACAAUUAAUGCGUGCUCAGCUUGCUCAGAUGCAGAUGGCCCAGCAGCAGCGACAGCAGCAGCAGCAGCAGCAGCAGCAACGGUCACGGGGACAACACGGCCAGAUGCACCAGGGUGCUCCUCAAAUAAAUUCUCAACAGCACCAGAUGCUGCUGGCAGCUGCUCAAACCAACGGUGGGCAAAUUCCACGGAAUAUGCAGGGGGUCAACAUGGCGCAGGGAGCCACCGCCCAACAGGGACCAUGCACCGUCGUGCCCUGUCACGAGAAGCUCACGCAGCUGGCCAUCGCCGCCGCAGAGGCCGAUCAAGUCGAAGUGUUCGCCUACUUAUGGGACACGUAUCUUGCGGGUGACGACGCGGAGAUCCCAUGGGCGGCAUUGAAAGCAGCAGCACGCCACGGUUCGAUCCCGUUAGCAGAGGCCUUUUACUGUCGCGAUCCGACCUGUUUUACGAGGGCGGUUCUGAAGGCAUCGCAUGGUCGGGUGCUGGGGGGUAGUCAGGUUAAGGUUGCUUUGCUGCAUGGUCAUCUGAACUAUAUUGAUUUUUUGUUGGCGCAUGGUGCGGAUAUCAAUGCGGAGUUUCCGGAUCAGAGCCCUGUGCGGGCGGCUGUGAGGUCUGAUGGUGAUGAGGAAACUGCCAUGACGCGCAUUCGCUUCCUCGUUGACCGCGGCGCGUGGGUGAACGGUUCCGGCGCUCUAACAUCGGCAGCUGGCCUAGGCAGACUCGACGCGGUGGCUUUCUUGAUUGAAAAAGGCGCAGACGUGGAGGACCUCGGAGACGAAUCGACUGAGAUCCACCGACCGAAGACUUCAGCUUUGCUGGCAGCAGCGGAGUCUGGUCAUGAAGCCAUUGUUCGCCUCCUUGUCAAGUACGGUGCUAAUGUGACACGUCGGGAUGAUUUAGGUCGGUCUGCUGUGGACUUGGCCGAGAGUAAUGGUCAUACGCGACUUGCAGAGCUUUUGCGGCCGGCAUAA